AUGAGACGAGAAAAUUAUCAUCUUUUGCGUCUAAAUCUGAGCAAAAACCGCAUUGGCGCCUACGGUGGCCGCAGCCUAGCCGCCUCUUUGAGUGCGUGUCUUCCUGUUUGGUUAAACCUUCUAUUUUUGGUAUCACCUGUCCCCACCACCGCUACACCCACAACCUUUUUCCUUGUUCCACUCAAGCCGUGUUUGGUGAAUAACCAUUUCGGGCCGUAA